GAUAAUCUCUAUCUAGUUCCUCCUCCUUCUCCUUCCUCUCCCGUGAAGCUCGCUUUAGCCAUGGCUAUGGCGGCGUCUAUUAUCCAAUCUUCUCCGCUCUCCUUCAAUAGUAACAACGAAAAGCUGCGGAUUCAUAGUUCAGGAUCGCUCGGCGGAAUCAAAUUGCAAAAUAGAGUCUCUCCAUUGGGAUUGAGCUCAGGCCUUGGAAGUAGAAGGCAAUCUCUUUUGAUAUGUCACUCAGCCAUUAACGCGAAAUGCAGCGAAGGACAAACACAGACCGUCACUCGGGAGUCACCGACAAUAACUCAGGCUCCUGUCCACUCUAAGGAGAAAUCACCAAGCCUAGACGAUGGAGGAGACGGGUUCCCACCACGAGAUGAUGGAGAUGGAGGUGGUGGAGGAGGGGGUGGAGGCAACUGGUCAGGUGGGUUCUUCUUCUUUGGUUUUCUGGCCUUCUUGGGUCUAUUGAAGGAUAAAGAGGGCGAGGAAGAUUACCGAGGGAGCAGAAGGCGAUAGAAAAUAUGAGUCAUGGGAUUAGUUUUGGUUGAGAAUCACAUUUGGUUAAUCUUAUUACAGCUACAAGUCUCAUUUUGUAUCUGUUUCGUUGAGUGGGGGAUGACUACAUAUGAUAUGCGUUGUGUUGUAUUCAAGAGAAGAGACUGUUGAUUUCAACAAAGUUGUUACUUAUAUGAUAACUCUUGAAA